GCGGGCGGCUAUGUCGGGGGCGGCGGGGCGGGAGCGGCGGCGCUGAGUCGGUGCCGGGGCGGCGGGAGCGGCGAUGCGGCUGCUCGGCGCCUUCCUGCGGCUGCUGGUGGCCGGGACGCUGGGGGCGCCGCCCGCCCCGGCCCCGGAGGAGCGGGGGACCGCCAGCGCGGAGUCGCACGUCUUGACUUUUCGGGAGAUCUGGAAUCGUAGUUUCUGCCGGCCGCUGGAGCAGCUGGUAGACGUCACUAACGAGUUCCCUAACGAGGUGGAGUACAUUUUCAGACCCUCCUGCGUCUCCCUGCAGCGCUGUGGAGGCUGUUGUGGGGACGAGGGUCUCCGCUGCGUCCCGGUGGAGACCAGCACAGUCACCAUGCAGCUCUUGAAGAUAAAGCCAAAUGGGGAGGCACCCUACGUGGAGAUGGAGUUCACUGAGCACAAGCAUUGCGAGUGCAGGCCCCGGCAGGACCUGAUGAGGUUGGGAAGGAGGAGGUCCAAGAGCCGAGGUAAGAGAAGACAAGACAAGAAGGGACGGAAAGACUGUGAACUAUGUGGCACACCACGCAGGUAGCCUCUGCUCUGCCCCCAGCCUUGAUCCUGCUGCCUGGAUUUGAGCCAGUUGCAUUUCCCCCUGGCAUGGGAGACUUGUGCAGUCAUGUCCCUCCAAGCUGUGUUGGGCAGCAGGACUCUGUCAGGGAAGAGCUGACUGGACUCUUGCCUGACCCUGGUAGGAAUACAUCCUGGAACCAAGGACUCCCUUGCCCCAUCUGCCCUGUUGGCAGCAGGACAAAAGGACACACGACCAGGUCUGGGGCUGAAGAUGAGGAGCUCAAGCCAUGUGUUGGUGUUCAAGGGCAUCCUGGGGACAGCGAGGAGCAGAGCUGGUUGAUGUGCUGCUGGAACUGGCUGGGGAGGACAGCAUGAUGUGGGAAAAAGCAGAGAUGGCUCACAGGGCUGCAGCUGCAAAGCUUCUCUGUCCUGUCAGCGCUCUGCAGCUGGGGAGGAAGGAAACCUGGGGCAGACAAGGCUGCAGGGCUGCAUCCGUCCCAGCCUUGGCACGGGACAGCCCAGGAGAGUGCCAGGGAGCUUGCUUGGGAAGCUGUUCUGGUGGGGAAUGGGAGGGAACCGGGCUCCUCACUUACAGCCACAUCCCAGCCUUGCCCUGCUCAAUAAAAGCUGGUGGUGAGAUGUGGGAGCUGGCAGUGUGAGAACUCCUAUCUGCUCUCCAGUAGCUGCAGGCGGGACACUUCCCUGUGGGCACCCAUUCAGGCUGGAGGAGGGCAGUCCUGCAGUGAUCCAGGGCUUGUCCCCAGCACCAAUCCUUCAGCACCCAAGGGACUGCCCUUGGUUUAAUGCUGGAGAUGAGCAACCAGCAGGUCAGGACCAAGUUGCUCCCCACACCGGGACACUACCCAUGUGCUGGAGUUCAAGUUGGGUACUGGGAGACCCUUGAGGGAGCUGCUGUUCUCCUCCACACCACAAUGUGAGACUGGUACCUCUCCCUGUUUACCAUCCUGUUUUCCCCACCCCAUCCAAAUGUCUGGCUCGGUGUUCUGUCCUUCCUGGCAGGGCUGAUGCAAGAUGUAGGGCAGUGUGGCGCAGGCUGCCCAUGGACCUUCCCACUCAGGAAACACUCCACCAAGGCUCGUUUACCUGACACGGGGGCAGGCUGCGCUGGGGCCCCUGUAUCUUAGUGGGAAUACCCUGGGGGUAUAGGGAGCUGGUGACCCUCACUGAGGUGGCUGUGGAUGCUGCUGUUUUCUGCUUUUCCCACUCAGCCAGCCCUGUGCCCAGGUGCAGUGGGGAAGUUGCAGCCCCUGGUUUUCCAUGCUUUGAGCAGUGUUCCUGGGUCUCUUCCUGUCCUCCCUCCUGCCCCUGCUGCAGAGGCUGCCUCCCAAACGCUUUCCAUGCUGAUUUGUGCAAGCCAUAUCCUGAAACAGUGCAUACAGCUGGAAACCCUAAGGGUGACUUGGUUACCAGCAUGUUUGUGGAGCACCUCUGGCACUGGGUUAAAACAAAUCAAGGGUCAUUCUUGAAAGCUACAAGCAAAAGACUGGAGGGCAAGAUCUGCAAAUGCUUCAAGAUUACCCUCAAAUGAUGGGACCUGCAGCUUAUCCUGCUCUGAGGAGCAAGAGUGGAGCCUAACGUAGCAGGAGUUGGGGUCCACAUCUGCCAUGGCUGCAUGUAGUAGGGGCAGGCUCUCUCUGAAUUGUAAUGCUUGUGCUGCCUGGGACCGGCACAAGGACAUGGGGACAGGGCAAAUCUGUCAGGGAAAGCUGGUGGUGGGUGUUGAGAUGAUAUGAAUCUCCGUGCUGCCACCAUGUAGUAUGGAAUGGACUGGGUGAGUUGUACCCAUGCAGCUGGGCAUAUCCUUCAGUAGCUUGCUAGAUCCCUUUUGGAUCCCAUUUCUAGUUCUGGUAUACACGGUGUCCUGGGGCACAGCCUACACAGACUCUGCCUCAAAAAUGACCCAUGAAGUUCCUCCUUCACUACCUCAUGGAUGAGGGGGACUUGCUGCUUCCCUUCCUCUGUCACUCAGGGUCUACGUGGGCCACGUGGAACCCUAGCUCUGGACAUCUGUCCUAGUCCAAGCAGGCUCUCCCCAUCCCUGUGUGCCAUUUCAGCCUGGCUGGUUGCUCUCUAAGGCCAAGGAGAACCAUGUGCAGCACUUGAGGAUGUACGUGAUGGUUUCUAUAUUGUUUUUUAACACUAAAGUUUCACCUCAGUAGUAUUAAACUUUUAAAGAAAGUUACAUAAAUCCAAGUAUGUAAAUUAAUAAAAUUAAGUUUAUCAAAAGUGAUUAUUAAAAAAAUCAAACAAAUUCAAACACACUCAUGCCCAGCAGCUUUUCCAAACAGUUCCUGGUGUCUGGUGUCACCUCUUUGACUGCUGCCCCACACUGAGAUAUUCCAGGCAGCUCUGCCCACCAGAGUUGGCAGGGCCAGGAGCCUGUCUUGCAUGGCUACCCUGUGUUGCUUCUCCCCCUCCAUCACCUGAACUGCCUGGGUGCUGUGUGUGGCCUUGUCCCCUGUUCCUCUUGUGGCAUGGGGUCUUGGACAACAAGGACACAGGUUCCUGGGAUGGAUGUGGCUGUCCCACUGAAACAGCAACAAGGGCAGGGAGCAGGAGAAGGCAUCACUUACUUACACAGGAGAUUUGGGAGCUGCAUCUCCAGCUGUCCAGCCUCCCUCUAACUCUGGGGAGGUAAUGGGAACCAAAUGAGUCCUAGCACCUCCCUGGAGUUCCUGUGGCUGCUGCAGGCAUCACACACUCAGGGAAACACCGGCCUUCUUCCCUGUCCCUACCAGAGGUGAGAGUCCUGCGACUCCCCUCAUCCCCAGGCAGGGACUUCCAGUAGGACAUCACAUCCACUGGUGGUAUGAGGAUCAAGGUGGGGCUGUACUGCCCCGAGGGGAAGAGCAGGGCUGCUGGCCUGAGGGCUUAUGUCCACCACCCAUGUUUCCUCUCAAGGAGACCAACCACUGUCUGCCUGUCCCCACUCUGUGUGCUCCCAAUUGUGCCUUUUUUGGAGGCCUACAACACUAGCUCCUGGCGGCCCUCCUUGGCCACAGCAGAUGUGUCACCUGAACACCCUGACAAGGUCAGCUACAUCUACAGAUGUACCUGGCAGAACCUCAUGGACAGAACCUCAUGUCCCGCAGGUGCUGUAGAGCAAGGCUGUAGGAGGAGACUGGUGCCAAUGUAAAGGGACUGUGACAGACCCCAGCCCCAAAGCCAGCAGAGUCCCCCAUGGCCAGGCAUCAAACAUGCCCCAGCCCUGCUGCUCCCAAAUUCUCCAUCCUUCCCCUGCCUGUGUACCCCUUGCAGACAGGCAGCUGUCUCACAGGAGCAGCACACACUGUGUUAUCAGCGUCCCUGGGCUCCCUGUGUCUCCCAGCCUUACAGAGCAAAGGUUUGUUUAAUAAGGCUUUAGGAGUCAGAGGUGCAGUAAGAUGAUUUAGAAGAAGAGUUAUGGAGGAGACAAAACAUAAACCAGGCUUAUGCAUCAGGAAAAAAAUAUUACAUAUUUUUGGGUAAGUGCCUGUAAAGGUGAUGUGGAGAUGUAAUGUCAUAGCUGAUGAAGUCCUGAUGCUAAAGCUUAUCUGGUUACCUCCAACUUCCUCAGUCUUAGGAGGUCAUCGGAGCACUGCCUCCCAGCAGCUUCUCCUGGCACAUGCCGCUGCAGGUGUCUCACACAUCUCCAUGCAAAUAAAGAUCACUGUGGUCUUAAUGUCUCACUUGUGACUUAGAAGACUUUUGCGUCUGAACAAAGUUGGGCAUAAUCCUUCUGCCUGUUGCAGCCACUGAUGUUUGAAGUCUCAGCAUGUUUUAAACUUUUGCCUGCUCUCAUGCAUCCAUUUUAGGCUGUGAGAAAAAAGGCAGCUCUCACUUUGCUCCCUGUUAUUUAUCUGUGCUAGUUUUGCUUUGGGAGUUCCCACUUCCUGACAGGGGCCACAAACUCUUCAACAGGUUAAUCUAAAAGUAAUCCCCCAAAUUUAACAUCCUCCAUCCAGCACUGACAUGGGAACCUGGAAGUCCACAGGUAAGGGCAGCUGUGCCUCAGGACUGGUGUGUGUCUUCUCCUCUUGCAAGGCUCUUCCUUGCAGGCCAGUCCUUGGGGCACUUCUUGCUGAUGCCUUUGGAUCACGCUCUUCCGGCUGCUUCAGAGGUGUUUGCUGACGAACUCAACAGUUUUGUUCCCCUCCUAGCAAUUCCUCUUCACAUAUCUCUGUACUACCAUCACCUCAAUAUCCACACCCCUCUACAGAUACGUUGUGCUGGAUUUUGUAAUUUACUGUGAUCUCUGUCCUCUCCAGGCCCACAUAGAUCUGCUGAAGUCAGGCAGGUGAGCUGUGCCAGCAGCAUCCCUGCUCUCAUCCCGGGCCCCACUUCACUUGUUGCCUGCUCAGACGUUCUCUUGAGUUUGAAGGAGAAGCCCCCAGGCUCUGUGGGAAUUAAAAGGCCCCAGAAUAAGCAGACUGGGCAAAAAAAAUUUGUUUCUGUGAUCUAGGGUUUGGUGGGGAAACGGAACCUGGAAAUGUUUUGAGGAGAAACCAAAGAACCAAGCAAGCUGAUGAUGUCUGGGCAGUGGGUUGCCUUACAAAGCAGAACCCUUUGUGUUCUCCCAGACCUGCCCUCUGAGGCACAGUUAAUACUUUUGCACUCCCAAAGAAAUGGUCUUUGUUAGAGGGAGUUUGGUUGCUGAAUGCUCAGCUGAGCCGUGGGCACAGUCUUUACUUUUCUGUUCUGUUGUUAACAGGCUGGGCUGCGGUCAAGAGCUGCCUGGGGGGAGAUCCCCUGCCAUCAGUGUGCAGAGGGUAUGAAGUAACCACAGGGUAGCCCCACAGCAAGUACUGGCUCCAGCAGUGGCUGAACACAGGGACUGACCAUGCUGCUGUGGCUGUGAUGGCAUAGCACAAGGCCAGCUCCUGUCAAAAUGAACCCCCCUUUUUAGAAUCACUUUCUGUUGGAAUGGGACAUACCCAUAGGUUAGCAAGGGAUGAACAAAGAUGCAGGUGCCUCUUUUUUCCCAAUAAAUGUUAGCAUAGUUUUUCUUAGGCUAUCCCUGGGAUUUCAUUCCAGCCCUCCUCCCUUUGCAGGUCCCCUGGCACCCCUCUGGAAAGAUGGUUAGUCAAACUGGGACCAAUAAUCCUACAGACACAGCAAACCAGUUGGCCUGAGCAGUAACCGACUGAGCACUCCUGGUUCAGCAAAUCUCUUUCACUAAUAACUGUGGUGAUCUAGUGGGCCCUGCAAGGUCUUUCUGGCCUUCCAAAAAAAAAAAAGCCAAACCAGGAGGGCAGAAAUACACGUUUCUAGGCUAAAACAGAGACUGGUAUUUUCUACAUACUAAGUGGUACUAACCACCAGUGUAAUCUGAACUACAGUGUCAGUUUGCUGCGCCUUAAUGCAUUUGUGCUGAUUUUCCCUGUUCUGUACAUUUGAAAUAAGUUUGUAAAAGCUAAUGAGUCUGCAAGAGCUGGUAGAAGGGCCAGCUGAGAGCCUGGCGUCAGGGGCAACAGAAUCCCCUUGAAAGAUGAAAUCAGGAAGAGCUAAGGGUGCCCUGGGCUGACCGUGAUGGAGUGGCAAGAAACCCAGCACCUUAACGGGGGUAGCGAGGAGCUGCUGGAGUGGGUACACCCUUCGGGGGCCGGCAGAGGCAAAGGCUAAUUGAAACACGGCUAAUUAAGCGUUAUGGGAGGAAGCAAAGGUGGUGGCAAAGACAGCACUUAACGAACAGGAGCUUGGUUAAUUAAGGGCAAUUAAUGGUGAAUAACGAUGACAAUAAAGCAAGUAGAGCGACGGCGCUCACC